UUUAAUACUGACUGAUUUUAAAACAUAUUUUAUUGAAUAUUUAUAAUACUCUGUUUACGAUUAUAAUUUAUAUUAAGAGGGUUACUAUAGUAGAAAAUGCAUUUAUAUGAUGUUUAUUGUAACGGAAUGCUACAUGGGACAGGUACAAUUUGUAAGGAAAACCUUUCUGUUACCACUAAUGACCACUUUGUUAAUUGAAAAAAAUUGAAAAAUAUCGAAACUUGAGUCUUUAUUCCAAUAAUGGAUGUUCGCUAUAGCGAUGUAUUUUGUAUUUAAUAUAUAAUUCGUUAAGGAUUUUGACAUUAUUAAUAACAAAAAAAUAAAUAAUGUUGCGGGACUCGUUUACCUGCGCAAAAUUUGACAAUGACCCAUAUGUCAACAUAUAAAGAAAAUAUUAACAUUUAGGUUCGAGAAUAUUUUCGCAAUAAACGAUAUGUCGCCAUUUUCUCACGCCUCGACUUUUAACAAGAUUGCAGGUUUUAACGAACUUAAUGAAGCUGUGAAACGGUUAGAUUUUCGAAAUGCCGUCCGCGACGUCCGUAGGUUUAACUAUAUAUGUGCCCUCCUUGAGCUGCUCGUCGGUCAGCAAAUGACGAACCUGUCAGGCUGUGCCCAGAAGACCCUUUUGGCGAUGCUCGAAGAACUGGCAUGCUACGCUGUUACCAAUCAAUACAAUCCGCGUGCGUUGUUCAAUCUUUUGACCAAACUUCGGGCUCUUAGUCAGGCCGAAAGAUCGGCUUUCUGGGGUGGCCCGUUGGGUUCACAAUUGUUAUGGAAUCAACACGAAGAAACCAUCGACCGAAUACUGCAAAUGGCGCAGCAAAUGCAAAUCAAAGAACCGCAUCCCGAUACCAAUCCUCAGCUGCUGCAGUUGCCCGAAGAAUGCUUAAGAGAGAUAAUCUUGAGACUAUCAGACCAUAAAGAUCUUGACGCUAGUUCCAAAGCAUGCGAUCAAUUGGCAGCACUGGUUGAUGAACAGAGGGUAUGGAAAGAACUUGCCAUUUUUCAUUUUACCCCCCUCCAAAUCGACAUUGUGACGUCUAAAACUUCCAAUGUUGAUUGGAAAAAAAUUUAUUACACAUUAAAAAGAAGUUUUACUCCCCGCGAAGACCGUCAGUACGCUGAGAUGUUGUCGCUUUGCCGAUACUGUUGUUGCCUUUUUUGGCGAUCUUUAGGACAUCCUUGCAUCGCAGACCAAUGUCCAGAGUUUCGAGAACGUAUUCAAAGAUCAGGUGGUGCUCUACCUCCCAGUCCCAUACCGCCAUCCGCUUUCCUAAAAUUCUUUUCCUUAUAGCUCAAUUAAUUACGACUACUAUGUGAUGUGUUCUCGAAACUGGACUCUACGUUGUUAUAUACUUAAGUAUAGG